CGCUGGAAAAGCCAGGCCGGGACUUUUCCCGAGAUUCCCAAAAAAUUCCAGGCUCGGCAGGAGGGGGGAAAUCCCGGGAGGAGAAGGGAAGGGAAGAUGGCGUGGGAUCCAAGCUGGGAUUUUCUGGGAUUUUCCUGCCUCGUCCUGCUCCGAUCCCGACUUUCCCUGGCGCAGCUGAUCGAGGCCACCACGGCGCCUCCCAAGAAGAAGCCGGAUCCGGUGACGUCGGAGACCGUGGUGAUCUGGGGGCUGCGCCUCUGGCAGGUGGUCGGGAUCUUCGCCCUCUUCGUCCUCUCCAUCAUUAUCACGCUGUGCUGCAUCUUCAAGUGCCGGAUCCCGCGCACGCGGAAGGAGAUCGAGGCGCGCUACGCCCAGCGCCAGGCGGCCAAAAACUACGCGGACAAACUGGACACGGUGCCGCCCCUGGGCGAGCUCACCGAAAUUCCCGGAGGCUCUCCCGAAAAUCUCCUCACUCUCUCUGGCCAUGGCCAGUCCAGACCUCUCCACUCCCUGCCUGUGCUGAAGGAAGAGGAUGAGAUGGUUCUCCAAGGAAUUUAGGGAAUUUUGAUUCCUGGCCGCCUGUGGCUUCUCUUUUCCAAGGGGAUCCAUCAAUCCUAGGAUUUGCUGCUUCUCCAUUCCUGGA